AUGCACCCCCACACAUUCUUAUCUUCCCUCAUUUUUCUCUCCACCCUUUCACUCCCCUCCCACUCUCAACCACACCGCUUUACACUCUCUCAACACCACCCUCCCCUAAAUGGGCCCCACCAAGAAUCCAUAGAAGUAACCAACCCUCCCUUCACCCACCAACCAACCCCCUCAUGCUCCCAACAAAUCCUCCACCACUCCUUCGCCAACACUAUCGACACCCCCCCUUAUUCCACACCCUACCUCCCUCCCUUCGGCUGCCCUCCACCAUGGACACGUGUCCUCCUUCACUUCCACGCCAAAACCAAAGGCGAACAAUACGACCGCAUCGCCGCCAUCUGGCUCAACGGCGUCGAGCUUCUCCGAACCAGCACCGCCGAACCUUCCAACUCUAGAAUCUUCUGGAACAUUCACAAAGAUAUUACUAAAUACACCUCCCUACUUGUUAAAUCAAACCUCAACCUCACCAUGAUGCUUGAAAAUUACGUAAACUCCGAAUUCACCGGCGUUUAUCAUGUCACUGUCACUCUCUUAUACUAUUACGAUAACACCGUUACAAUUCCGUUUAAUCUAAGUUCAGUUUCAAAGUCAAGAUCAAGGUCUCUUGUGGAAGAAGUUGAAGUACCAGAUUCUAAGGUUUUGAAGGAACUACCAGCUGAUUUGAUAAUUCCGGUAUCUGAAAAUGGAAAACGAGGGUUUUGGUUUCGGUUAGAGAAAGAAAGGGAUUUGAGAGUGAGAAGAAUUCGAAUUCCGCGGAAUACUUAUAAAGCUGUUCUUGAGUUGUACGUUUCUUUUCAUGGAAAUGAUGAGUUUUGGUAUUCGAAUCCUCCGAAUUCGUAUAUCAAAACGAACGGUUUAACUACCGGGAGAGGGAAUGGAGCUUAUAGGGAGGUUUAUGUGACAGUUGAUGGUGAGGUUGUUGGAUCGGAGAUUCCAUUUCCGGUUGUUUUCACUGGAGGAAUUAAUCCAUUGUUUUGGGAACCGAUUGUUGCUAUUGGUGCUUUUAAUCUUCCUUCGUAUGAUAUAGAAUUGACACCGUUUUUGGGUAAGGUUCUUGAUGGGAGAAGGCAUGUUUUUGGAAUUGGGGUGAGUAAAGGAUUAUCAUUUUGGCUUGUGAAUGCGAAUUUGCACCUUUGGUUAGAUCAUGAAUCUUCUAUAGUUCACGCGAAUCGAGUUAUUCGUCAUGGUCCGAAAACGGAUGUUCAACGGCAAGAGGAGUUUAGAGGACUUGAUGGCGAGUUUCAUGUGGCAGCAGUGAAGAACACAUUAGUGACAGGUUGGGUUUUAUCGAGUUUCGGUAACGUUACCACCGUUGUAUCGAAGGGGUUCAGUUUUAGUAAUUUUAUAAAGUUUAAAAGCAAUGGAACUUAUAAGAUAGUUAAGCAGACAUUCAAAGCGAAGAAGCUUGUUAAAGUGAGUGAUAACAGAGGUGAAAUGAUUUCUAAGUUAAAAGUUAAGCGCAAGUAUCCUCUGCGAGUUAUUACUGUGACAGAACCAGGUUUGGGUGAUAGAUAUAAGCUUGUUAGUAAUUUUUCUCAUGGUUUUAUGGAGCGAUAUGAAGGUAAGGGAAUCAUGAAUUCCAUUAGUAAUGUUCAGGAAUCGAAGGGGUGGAUUAAUGUCAAGGGUCAUUCUGUCCUACAUGGUCAUGCGAGCACGAAGCAAAAUUAUAGUCAUGUUGAUAAGUCGAAUUGCUAUAAUCGGAAUGUUGCAGCUGAUAGUGGCAGGAUUGUUACUGACAAUUCAAAUUUUAUCUGUGAAAAUUCCUUGUAG